GUGGUUAUGUGGACUGUCAGUCUCCCGCGGGAGAGAGCGUGAAGUUGAGGCUGGUGAACGGAGGCAGCCGGUGUGCUGGGAGAGUGGAGGUUCACUUCCGAGGAAGAUGGGGUGCAGUGGGAGAUCCGUUGUGGGAUCUGCCGGAUGCUGCGGUUGUUUGCCGAGAGUUGGGCUGUGGAGCUGCCGUGUCAGCACCAGGAAAAGCGUUGUUUGGGGAAGGAUCUGGACCACAUAUAACGGGCGGUGUUAGCUGCGGAGGGAUGGAGACUGCUCUGAGUAACUGUUCCUCCGUGGAAUGGAACCACCAUGAAGGUUACUCCCACGACUGGGAUGCUGGAGUCAUCUGCACAGACAUGACAGGUGAUAAAAAGCCCAGACUGGUGAACGGAUUCAGCCGGUGUUCGGGGAGAGUGGAGCUGCACUCUGGUGGUCAAUGGCACACGGUGUGCGGAGCCGCCUGGAACAUGGACACGGCUGGAAUUAUCUGCAAAGAGUUGGGCUGUGGAUUCGCAACGUCAGCACCAGUUGAUGGCCAAUUCGGAAAAGGGUCGGGGACUGUCAUUGGCCCUUCCGGCUGCGGACACGAGACUGAUGCUGGUGUUUACUGUUCAGCAAAACGUCAGAUACGAUUAACUGGCGGAACGACCCUCUGCUCUGGCAGAUUGGAGAUCGUGUACGGCAAUCAACGGGGAACCCUCUGUAGGCACUACUGGGGUUUACAAGAGGCCAAUGUGGUUUGUGAGCAGCUUCAGUGUGGAGCAGCCGUGACAGCAGAAGCUGGAGCUCAUGUUGGGAAUGGAAGUGAGAUAAUCUGGAAAAGCCACUACGAAUGCCGGGGGAACGAGACACAGUUGUGGGACUGUCCUGUUGGGUCCUGGGAUCAGAUCACCUGCACACAUGAGGACGAUGUCAGUGUCACCUGUUCCAGUGAAGACGGGUUGUUGAGGCUCAGCAAUGGUGGCAGUCGCUGUGAUGGACGAGUAGAGAUUUACACCAAUGGAACUUGGGGCAGAGUCCUGGAUGAUGGCUGGGACUUGAGCGAUGCCAAUGUGGUGUGCAGACAGCUGGACUGUGGCUCUGCAAUCGCAGCCUAUAACUCUUCUACAUAUGGAGAAGGCGGAGGCACUGUGAGGCUGAAUAAUGUUCAGUGUGAAGGGAACGAGACACGUCUGAGCACGUGCAAUGUCUCCCGGCCGGUCACACCUCUCAGUGUCGGCAGCGAUGUGGGAGUGCUCUGUUCAGACCAUGUGCAGUUGAGGCUGGUGGGGGGCAGGAGCCGGUGUUCGGGGAGAGUUGAGAUCUACUACACUGGGAGCUGGGGGACGGUGUGUGAUGACUCCUGGGAUGCUCGAGAGGCCGCCGUUGUCUGCAGACAGCUGGGGUGUGGGGCAGUCAUUGACACCACGCCCGGCUCCUGUGGACGUGCCUCGGAGCCCAUUUGGUUGGAUGAGCUGAGUUGUGCGGGAAAUGAAUCUGUUCUGUGGGAGUGUCCCUCAGCUCCGUGGGGACAGCACAACUGUCUUCAUAAAGAGGACGUCAGCAUCGUCUGCUCAGAGCACAAGGAGCUGAGGCUGGUGAAUGGGAAGCACGCGUGUGAGGGGAGAGUGGAGGUGCUUUACAAUGGAACCUGGGGUACGGUUUGCUCGGACACUCUGGACAGCAAAGCUGCUAAGGUGAUCUGUAAGCAGCUCAACUGUGGACCACUUCAGUCUGUUAAAUACUAUCGGGAGUUUGACCAGGGAUCGGACCUAUUUGGCUGCACAACAUGGAGUGUACUUCACACGAGGACUUCCUGUGGCAGUGCACCUCCACAGUUUGGGGAGAAAACAACUGUGAUCAUUGGGAAGAUGCGGGUGUCGUCUGUUCAGAAGUGAAGUUUGGGGAAAGUGUGGAGAAUCCACAAGUGUGUGCGGGACCUGCUCCU